GGCUCGGCUCAAGAUCCUUGGGGAUGUUUUGAAACCAUGUAAAAUUGCUGAAGAAUUUCUUUGGAAAUUUUUACAGUUUCGUUUUUUUUUUCAUUCAAUAUUAUCAGGAUCGCCAAAGGUCUGCUAAAACAAACAAUGUCUUCAAGAAUUCCAGGACUGCACACAUUUGUGUUUGUGACGUUUUGUCUGUGUGUUUGUGGGUUAAAGGGAUUAUUAUCAAUAGAGACAUCACAGUUAGUGUACCCAACACCCAGACACAGGGUAUGGGGAGAUUCACUACGCUGGACAACUGACCAACUCAAGUGUAAAGAGACAAAAGAGAGUAGCUGUAGAUACUGCUCACAAAGUCAUUCGUCAGAUAUUACAAACAUAUCGGAAGUAAUUAUAGUGAACACACUGUCUUCCGGUGACAUCAUAGAAAUUAAAUCUCGUGUGAACACGACAUUUGGCGGGAUUUUACGAGUUUCGCUGUGUGUUCGAAUUGACUCUUCCAAACCUGAGGAUGAGGAGUGUCAGCAAGAUAUCCCACUACUCUCGCUGGAUUCCAAUUCUUACGAGAUCAGAUUCGAUCGAUCAAAGGAGGAGACAACUCCACUGUUACUUCCAGAGGGCGUGGGCUGUGAACACUGUGUAUUGCGAUGGAAGUUUACUGAGGUUGACCCAGGCUGUACAGACUGUAGAAUUUCAACCAUUAACUGUGCUGAUAUCAGAAUUACCGGAGACAGUCCGUCAGUUCGUACAGUGAGGAAGAAGCGCCAGUCCAACAGAGUGGACAGACGGUUCAUUGUCCAUGAUGGAUUGGCCAAUACCUGGAAUACCCCUAAGCAGACUCAAUGGUCACAACAGAGGAACGUUAGGACCUGGACUAACCAGCCUAGAAGAAGUGGUCAAACUACUGUCCUGAAACCGAGACCAGUCACUAAACCGAGGCUCGUAUCACACGCCGGCACAUCUCGUCCAAUAGCACAGCAGGGAUUUAUGCAAAACUCGCUGAAUAGUCCAAUAAGAACCCAAGGACUUCAGCAACCAGCAGGAAUAAUGAACAACAGAAAUGCUUCGCCGAUCAGAGGUCAACAAUUUUCUGACCCAAGAGCAACAUUUCGAGGACAAAGACAAAACAUUCAACAAGGAAAUUUUCAUUCACGUACAGCAGGUUCCUUACAUGUAAAUAAUAAUCAAUUUCAAAAAGAAGUAGCAAAAUCUCAAUCUAAUAUACCGCAUGCAAAUGCAUUGGCAAGAAAAUCGACCAAACUUGGCCAUCUACGGCAAAUGUUCAGAACUGGUCAGGUGGCUCCAGAGACGCGAGAGUUUGUUGCACGUGGAAUGAAACGAGCUCAAACGGUGCGAAUUCCGAUUGAUAGAGAGCAAAAGUUCAACCCAAAUAUAAUCGACCCUUUCUACCUAAUUGUAACUGAAAGUUCAGCUACUAAGACUAAUGAACAGGUAGCACAAAAAGAACAAGCUACCACGAAGGCAACAACGACAAGACCUAAGAUAACACAAAAGCCAAACCCUUCAACAGAAGCUCCUGGUCCUCCAUCGUCGACAAAGAAACCAAAGAAGUUGGGAUUGUUGGGAUUGCCCUUUCGAACAACCAAACCGCCGCCUCAAUCCCCCACAACAACAACUACAACAAAAACAACACAAUCGAUAUCGACAUCAACUGUAAAAACAACAACAACAACAACAACAACACCAAUGCCACCUACUUCGACUGUAGCACAAACAACUCCAAUACCGAAAAUAGAUUCCGCGGCAAAAACUACCUUAAAUAUUGGAUUUGGUUCAGCCAAACAAAAUAGCUACUUGGAUUUCCUCUUGGAGCUGUAUACUCUAAAACAAAAACAGGGAGAACAGGACCCGGAACUUUUUGCUGCCAUACAGAGAGAGCAAGAAAAAAUCAACACAAAGACAAACAAACAGACUACGACACAAAAGCUUGCUACAGAGGCAUACACUGAAAAAUCUAUGCAAGAAAUUCAGAAGACAUCUGUUUCUUCUAAUACGGUCUCAGAUUUAAAUCCUUCCAUUACGGAGGCAACGCCUGUGCCGGAAACUCCUAGCUCACCUCCACCCCCACCAGAUCACCAUCAUCAUCAUCCACACCAUGAUAUGACGGUGAUGGAUCCUUCCACUGCAGCUGGUGGAUUAGCUCCUGCUGAUCCUCAUCAUCAUACAAUUCAUAAACAUCCAGAAUACUCUUUUCAAGACAUCCCUAAUGUUGGUAAUAUUAAUGUUCCAAGUGUGAUCGAGAAAAGACUGAGAGCUUAUCUAACAACAAAUACACCAGAAUUGGAGAAUAUUUUAUUUCACCAACCUGCAGAUCUGCACGAUCAUUUCCAUGUACCUACUGAACCCCCUCAAACAACAUUUGAAGCACUACUUCAGACUGAAUCAAUGAAGAAAAAUUUAAUUGAUAAUACCAGAAAAAUUUACAAAACAUUGCAAAUGGCUUACAACCCAGAAUCAGAAAACUCUGUUGGUAUUCAGAAAAACGAAAUUUCGUAUUCACAGUCAGACAACACCAAGAAGGACCAAAAUCCCACGUCAAACGAUGUCUCGGUUUUAAAAAACGUUGGUGUUUACAUUGUCCCUCCUGAUUCAAAAAUGAAUUCAUCUAAAGAUUUUAUGGGUACCCCUCCAACAUGGAAACCUAUGUCAUCAAUUUCUCACAAGAGUAGGUCUGUGUCUAUCCAUACCGAUGCACCAAUUCCAAAAGGAGAAAUUUAUACAAUGAAACCAGCCGAUGCCAGUGCUUUUGUUCAGAUGAUAGAAGAUCAGUUUUCAAAUCACGAGUUACCAAUACCUUCUACAAAUAUAUUGGUUUCAAAAGAAACACCACGAAAGAGUUUAUUGGAAGAUUUAGCUUUCUCUCAAAAACAAGUGAGUGAACCAUAUCAAGAGACACAGAGUACUACAGCAAAGAUGCAAUCUUUAUUUCAGAGUGAAACUUCAGUUGAUCAGAAAAUCUCCCCUAAUGCAAUUGAAAAUUAUGAUGUAACCCCAGAUUACAGUCCACUGACAGACAAUAAAAUUAGUCUUUCAAAACAAACAACAUUAGCUUCUCCAUCAAUUUCAACCGAAAAGCAGACGGAUUCAUUACGUUCAACAACAAAACAAAUGAUUUCCAUUCCUGAGGACAAGCAUUUCAAUACCCUGGAAAGAAAGAGUACCGUUCUUUAUGAAGAAACAACAGUUCCUACUGAAGCCACAGAUCUAUCGAUGUUUACAACAAAAGAUAAUCGGAAUGAUCUUCGCAAACAUACCACUUUGCAGAGCUUGGAAAGGGGAUCCACGAUUACAGAACUUACAAAUGAUAAAUCAGGCAAAGAUAUUUUGAAUGGGAAUAGACAGACUACUUUCAUUCUGCCUCCAUACGUGACAGAGGAAAGUCCGGAAAUUACUACGGAGGCUAAUGUAAGAACCAGCAUAAAGGCAUUGCUUCCAGCUUCGAAAAGUUUUGAACAGACUUUAGUUUUUCAGAGAACAACUAAACCUCCUGUGCUAUCGACAAAUACUGAUCUCAAUAAUAUUGUUCAAACACAAGCAUUUAAAGACAAAGAUCGGGAAAAUACAGUAGAACCAAUAUCGGCUCAUACAAUAGAAAAGUUUGAUUAUGAAACAGAGAAGCCCAUCAAGUAUGAUUCCAAUGCUCAGGACCCAUCUUUUAAAGAUUUAAAAAUGAUUCAAACACUUCCUCCCAAAAUUCAACUAAAUUCAGAAAAAGUAAAAACAACACCUGAUCAGCUGAAAAUUACUUCUGAUAGCGCAAAAAUAACAAGAAAAGUGACGGAAACAACUCCUUCAUUGGAAUCAAAGCCUUCAAGUACUAUAACAGAAAUGACUUCAGAGUCGCCAUACAUGGAGUAUACAGGCACUUCCCCAUCACCUUAUACUCGCACCACAUCUGCCACUACAUUAGGCUUUUUAGAAUUCCUCCGACUAGAAAUUAUGAAACGAAUGAAAGAAAGAAGGAACUUGACAUCUGGAAAAGAUUUUACACCCUCAAUAUUAAACAGGUCUCCCCCAACAACCAAGGCGCCAAUGACAACAACUGCCCCUAAACGAAAAACAACAACAAUGAACAUGGCUUAUAUCGAGCUUUUUUACCCUGAACAAUACAAAAAACUAAAGCCAAAACCAAGGACAACACAAAGGCCAACAACUACUACAGCAGAGAAUUUAAUUACCGAUCGGGUUAGUCCUGAAUUUCAAACUGCUUCAACAAAGGCAGAAUUAUUAACAACAGAAACAGAAUUGUUAACAACAGAAACAGAACAGCAAUCAACAACUACCACAACAGAGCCGACUACAACUAAUCCGACAACAACAACUACAACACCUGAGCAAACAACAAUAUCUAUGGCUUAUUUAGAAUUAUUUGAUCGAACAAGGUAUAACAGGUUGCGUCCAAAAACGACUACGACUACUACAACUACUACAACAUUACCAAUAACAACCACUCCAGUCUCAACGACCAAACUUAUAACCACCAAAAAGGCACAGUUAAAGGAAGAAAUGCGAAGAAAAAUAAGUACACUAGAUAUUCCAAAGACGACCACCAUUCGAUCUACAACUACUGCAAGUACCACAACACCUUCAACUACUUCAACAACAACAAACCCUACCACCACGACCACCCCUACUUCAACAACAACCACCCCAACUACAACAACAACCACCCCAACUACAACGACAACUCCUACUACCACAACAACCCCAACUACAACAACAACAACCGCGCCUACUACAACAACCUUAUCACUAGCAUUCCUAGAGAUAUUUAAUCCCGAUUUAUACAAAAAACUCCGACCAAAACCCAAAGUAACCACUACACCAGAACCAACAAGUACGACUGAAAUUCCAACUACUCAGCCUCCAACAACACGCUCAAACAAGAGAAUAAUGGAUUCUGGGAGUGCUUUUAGAUCUGCUUUCCGAAAAAGCAGUAGGGUCAAAUGGAUUGAAAACAACAAAUUAGCAACUGAAAAAAUCGCAUUCACCGCAACACUUCCAAAAUCAACAACGACAAUUCCAACAACUACGUCAGAGCCAAGUACAACCACUACAACAACAGAGCCAACAACCACUACAACAACAGAACCAACAACAACUACCCAAUCAAUGGCGUUCCUCGAAUUGUUUAACCCAACGCUUUAUUAUAAACUCCGUCCUAAACCAAAGACAACCACAACAACAACGACAACAACAAUGCCACCACCUACAACUCCAACAUCGACUACUCCAAAACCGACAACCAGUACAACGAAUACACCCACAACAACAACAACAACAACACCAAUUCCUACAACAACUGUGGAACCUGAGACAACAACAGAAACGACAACACAACCAACUAUCCCAACAACUACUACUGCUAGUCUUGCUUAUUUAGAACUAUUCAACCGUAACUUGUAUAAAAAGCUUCGACCAACAACGACUUCAACAACAACAACAACAACUACUACUACUACUACUACUACUCCAACACCAACCACAACACCAACCACAACACCGACUACAACAUCAACCACAGCAACAACUACAACACCAACUACAACUGAAACGUCUACUACGACUACAACAAUGCCAACAACAACUUCAAUGGCUACAACGACUUUUACCCAAAAAACAAGUACAACACCAAUGGAAUCAAUAACAUCUACAGAGACAAUAAGCAUAACAGAAUCUCCAACCACCACGUCAGAACCAACAUCAUCCUCUGAACCAACAACGGUGCAGUCAGUUACAACAACAUACUCUACAAUGGAGACAACUAUAGCCUCAUCUAAUGUGAAGGGACGUCUUCUAACAACCCAAGCACCAACACAAGCAAGCAUAAUCGAACAGCAAUCUAAAGUCACUGUGGCCGAUAUAACAAACCAGUCACUAAAGCCGAGCCAAACAACACAGUUUUUCGAAGAUAAAUCAACUACAACAGAGCAAUAUACGACAGGCAACUUGGAGAACACUGCAGAAAAAUCAACUUCAAUAACAACACAAACAACAAUAAUGGAUAUAAAACCACAAACAACAGAACAGAAUACAAAUAAUCUCAAGAGGGAUAACGCAAAUCUUCAGGAAAGUAUUCGAGUCAUUCCUCCAGAAACGUCCAAUUUAAUUCAAGGGUAUCAAAUUCUUCAAGAUCAACCAUCAGCUUUUAGAAAGAUGAAUCGCGAAGUAUCAGGUGGUUCUCCGGGCUCUUUUUAUUCAAACAACAUCCAAGAGAAUAGCUUAAAUGAAAAAUCUGCGGACAUAGUUAAUGGAAAAGAUUCUGUAGACAACAUCGAUACCUUAAUCAAUGAUGCUAAAAAUUCCCAAGUUGACAUACCAGGCCUCAUGGUCAAUCAACUUAAAACACUCUUUUCAAAAAAUGAUAAAAAUGUAGUUCUAUCGAAUAAAGAAAUACCAAGUAAAUCAGAAACGUUGACAGUUUACAAAUUAAAUAGCAAAACUAAGGAUGCAUCCAACACAAUUAAUGAAAGCAGCCCUGUUGUCACAAGAACUACUUUCCAAAUUGAUAAAUCUGUAGGCUCUGAAAAUCAAACAACAAUGCCACCUGUUAUAAUUGAAGGUAGGGAAGCUACAACAUCACCUCCUAUCAAUUUAUUUUCAAGAAAGAGUACCCCUGCAGCAAAGACUUAUACAAUUACAUCUCUCGAUGAAACAAGUCGGCCAUCCGACAGAAAAAGUGCUGAUAAUUUGAUAAAAAUCAAAAUUAACAACCAAACGUACUAUCUAGACUGGGUAAAGCUUCAGUCACUCGGUCUCGUGUCGGCAGAUAGCAUUUCGCCUAACACAAAGAACCCAGGCAAUGUAGAGAGCUCAAGUACAACACUGUCACGAACUACAAGGGAGGUCAAAUCAAUAACACAACCAGCUCACAUCUCCGUAACCUCGUCAGUCACAACACCAACAACAACCUUAUCACCAUUUACAGAUAUUACUACACCGAAGGAUUUGACAUCUACACGAGGUAAUAUAGAUUCUGUUCAGCAGACGCAAACAACAGAAUUUUCUUUGCCAGAAACAAAUGAUCCUGAGCAAAAUGUGUUAGCAGCGCUCCUGCAUCUUGCAAGGAAAAAUAAUAUCAAAAUUCCUGAUAGCUUAUCGCAAGAAUUGAAUUCCAUUUUUGAUGAAAGUCGGAAAAAGAGAAUAAAUUACCAAUCAACUGCUACAGUUCAAACCCAAUCUGUCAAAAGUCGAGUUUCCUCAACUACAAUGAAAUAUCCUGAUAUCAAGAAUGAAAAUCUUGAUCAAAUUGCAACUGUGACAGAAAAUCAACCCGCUGAUAAUCCAGGCAAACUUGUUGAGCUUAAAGUAAACUCCGAUACAUUCUAUGUUGAUUGGGAUAAAUUUCAAGCUGCAGGAUUCAUUAAAAAGCAGAAUCAAACAAAUGAAAUAGCAAGCAUUCCAGAUCAGGAACAAACAACCGUGAUCCCAGUGUCCACGGCUCUCAAUAAAAGUCUUAAAUUGAAUGGAAAGGAUGUACCAGUUGUGACUUCAAUAAAUGUGCCUACGUCAAGAGAGGAAAAUAAACCUACACCACCGUCUUAUUCCGUAUUGGAAGAGAUGAUAGAUCGGUUUAAUGCAUCCCAAAAUAUGUAUACUUCAAUCCUGCCAUCUGCUGAAAAACAAAUUAUGUCGGAAUUCCAACAUACAGGGAUGAAUACUCCCGAGGUUACACAAAUCAUGUCUGAGUUCCAGCAUACAGGUAUGCACACUCCAACUGUUAAAGAUAGGGACUUGGUUUCAGCCCUAGAUUUAAUAAAGAAUAACUUGAAGUUACUUGAGAAGAGACUUUAUGGUGGGUCCUCCUCAAAUGCACAGAGAAUGACGUCUCCAAUGGGUGAUAUUCUGCGCCAAAAAAUCAAUCGAACUACUUCUUCUAAAAAUCAAAGUGACAAACCAAAUAUAACUUUUCUAAGAAGAAAUAAAUUCCGAACACUUUCAUACAAUAAUGAUAAAAUAUCUGAACAAGAAACGACAACUGCUAGAUAUCGAAAUAUGGUAAGUCCGCAAGGAAAAGAUGAACUCUACAAAUUAUAUGCUAUAGAUCCACCAGUUCUGUCAGAUAGUAUCCCAAAUGAUUCAGCUUACCGUAGGAAAAAUCGAUCCGGUUCAAAAUCAUUAUUAAAGGAGCCAGGGGAUUUCUCAAAUUUACGACAAAGAAACAGAUUUGACUCUUUGUGGAAUACAGAACAAAAAUCCAUACCUCAAAGAACUAGACGAACUACCUUCGAACCAUACUCAUACGUUUUUUCGGUCAAUCUGCCUUCAUCUUUUGAAAGUCACACUCGACAACCUGGUUCGUACCUUUUUCAAGCACAACCAUACCAAGCACAAAAACGGUACAACGACAAUAAACCUACCGUGAUGGGAAUAGGAGAAUACAGACAAAGCAAAGACAGUGUCAUGCCUAUUCAACUCUUUCCAAGUCUAGAUAAUUCGGGCAGGAGAAGCAAAUUUUACAAUUCAUUAGACGACAAACAUUCGGAAAUAGGACUCUCAUCUGUUAAAAGAAGGAAAAACUCGGUUAAAACUAAAGAGGAUAUACUUUACACGGAUCCCUUCUCCGAUUCGCAGCAAGACCUUCACUUAUCUGUACAUGAUGUACCAAACACGGCUCAGUUAUAUCCGCAGAUGCACAAACAUAACAGACCACUUCAGUAUAAGCGGCGUGAAUCUGCAAUGCAUAAAUCAAUAAAAGAAACAACUGUUGAUACAACAGUUUCCCCUGUGUCUCUCAAAAGUGUAGACAACUUUAAAACAGCCGAGAAAAGGACCACAAUACAGGCAAACAAGACUAACAAAAAGCAAAAUGAAAUAACAAGCAGAAGAAGCGCCCAAGUAGAACCAACAACAAAGACUCUUUCCUCAAAAGUAUCAUCUAAAUCAAAAGAAAUACAUUCUACAGUAAAUUAUGAUUUGCCAAAUACGAAAAACCAAUACAUAAGAGAAGAGACCAGUCAACGCAAAUCUCUAAACAGUCAAAAGAUGUUAAGGAAACCAGCACAUACACGUGAAUUACCAACCAGUACUGAUCAAGCAACUACGACUACGAUUUUAUCUACCACAACUUCAACCAAAGCAACAACAGAAAAGAUAACUGCACCACAAACGACUACAGAGACAUCAACGACAGAAAAGAUAACUGUACCACUUACUUCUACAGAAACAUCAACGACAGAAAAAAUAACUGUACCACUAACUUCUACAGAUACAUCAACAAUUCAGACAACAAGAAGUCGCCGAAAGAGAACAACCACACAAACACCUGCUUUAACAUCUAAGUCAAAAAGUGAAAUUCAAAAAACACUAACGGAAAUAAUUAUGACUACAGUACUACCAACUACAAUAAACGAGUCACCGAUUACACAGGCACCAACAAAAUCAGCGGAUAAAGACCUAGAUUUAGCGACAAGACUUUACAUUGAAAAUCUUAUUAAACAACUUACAGCAAAAAUGAGAAAAUUAAAUGCAGCAGCGCCGUCUGAAGAUUUUCUUAUCGAUGCUGUAGUGAAUAGAAUAAAAUCAAAACGUACAAAAAGUAAUCCAGUUUCACCGAGUGUCAAUAUUCAGUCAACAGAUAGUAAGAUGAAACAAACUACAUUACAAGGCACAAAGCCAUACCACACUUCAUCUCAGCAGACCAUAGAGGAUACUAAGGUCUCGACAUCCAGUCGUGUAUCAGAACAACAACGAACUGACAAAGAAAAUAUAUACAAAAUCAAAGGUAGAAAGUCAACACAAUAUCAAAUUUUCUCUAAAAACUUACAACAGGACACCACUACAUCUGUGAAUAUGAAAUCCAAUUAUGAAGAGACGGCUAGAACUCGUCGAACCAGGUCAACAAACGUACCACACCCAAACGAAAAUGAAAUGUCCACUUCUUCAUUCUAUGAAAUGACAACAGAGGGGUUUGAUUAUUCGAAACGAACAUCGGCAGUGUUGACAAGUGAAAAAACAAUACUAAAUCCGUAUGUAGCACAGAGUAAUCCAAAUUCUUUUUUAACAGAAAAUCCAACAAAUUAUCCUCAAGUAGACAAUUUCCAGAUUGAAAAAGAAACACCACCAACGUAUUCCUUUGACUUGCAAUCCACAACGGCUGUUGACCCACCUACCGUCAAAGAUAAAUUGAAACUUCGACCGUCACCAACAGAAGAGAAACGACAUGAUUACACAGAGGAAUUAACAGGAUCACCAACAAUCCACCAUUUGACCUCAAAAAUAUCCACGACGUCAGAAGAUAACACAAUGACAACAGAUAUAACCAGAGAUUUAAAGAAAUUUUCAAACUUUCAAACAAUGGAGAGUGGGCUUACACAAACCCAGUCAAUAACUGAUUUUAAGGAAGAGAAGCACCAAAGUACAUCUGUUCAUCCAAGUACAAAAACAUCAGGUUUUAGUACAAAAUUAACUUAUACAUCGUCUGACAAACCAACUGAUUUUUCGGGAAAUAGUCCAAUGGCCAAAGAUUCUACACAACUACAAACCUUUGGUAUAUCUAAGUAUCAAAAUAAAGAUCCCACAACAAAUGGUUUACCUGAUGAAACACUGUUGCAGAAAAGUCUCGUCGAUCAAAAUCCAACAAAAGAAAUGACUACACCAGAAAUACACACGGAGAGCUCAAUGUCAACAGAUAUGUCCAGUAGGGAUUAUAUAACACAUUCGGAUUUCGAAAUAGUUAACUCUGGUAAGGAAUCAAGACGAUUGCAGUCUUUAGAUACUAGUGUCAAUGUGGAAAAGGCUCAAACAGCGUCCUUAAACACGAGUCAAAAGAUCCCAAGUACAUCGUUAUCUACAAACUCUGACAAAUAUACCAGAUCUUCACCAUACACAAUCUCUGCCAAAUCUACGUAUAAUGUGGACACCUCGACAGCUGAAUUACAGGAUGCAACACUGGCGCAGAGAACUACGUAUGAUCAAAGGCCAACAAAGCAACGUACAACAUUGCAGGCAGAAAGUCCUUAUGUUGUAGAUGAAUCCACUGCUACAUCUGGCAUGACGGCAACAAAGACAAUUAUUGAUAAGUCAAACACAUAUCCUCUUCAUGUUACAGAUCAGCCAAACACAUGGAAAACCUCGACAGCAACAGAAAUGGAAAAUCGUAAAGAUUCAACCAAAUUAUACGAAACAAGCACUAUGACUCGAUUUUCGAAUUCGCAAACCCAUGAAAUUGAUACACGGACAGAUGGUUCACAACCGUCCAUAAAAACUCCAACAACUGUUGUUAAAACAUAUAAAACACCAGAGAAUACCGUGAGUCACAUUACGGUUGAGAAUUUUCCUGGAAAUGAUGCAGAAACAGUCGAUAAACAACCGGAGGUGACAUCUCAUACAACUUUUGAUCUUAAACUUGUACCUGGGACUUCUGAUGUUACCUCAGGGGCUAAAAAACAAAAUAAAGGACAGACAACUGCUGUAGAAUCUGGCUCUAGUAGAACAACAGUAACUGAGGAAAUUCUGAUCCCUCAAGAAACAACUAUAAUAGAGACAUCUGAAGCUCCAACGGGCCAACCAAAAACCACCAUGUUUGAUCAUUCUUCUGUGCAAAUCGACAAUAAAGAGAACAUGCAAACAGUCACUGAAAUCAAUUCUAGUCAGGAUCCUCAAUCAUUAGUAGGUAAAUCUACCAAAGAAAUGAUUGGUCAGGGUGAGCCUGGGAAUUUUAAGACAACACAUAAGCAUGAACUAACUGUUUCUGAUAAAAUAUCAAGUAUUAGCCCAACAGCAUUGACCGAAAACACAAAAACGACACUAAAAGCUAUGAGAACAAAUAAUAUAAACUCAGGAUCAUCAGCCCCUAAAGCAAGAAAUAAAACCAUGGUUCUUAAAAUUUCAAACAACAUAUCAUUCGAUAGACCUGGAACAUCUGAAUUCUUGUAUGAGCAGCCUGAAUCUGUCGCUAAUAGAAUAUAUGACAAAAAGGACUCAUCGAAAAAUAGUGAAAUUUACUAUUCCAAGGAUGCUGAUAUUUACAACACUAAACAAUCCAGCAGCACAAAAGAAUUAAUAACCGAAACCGCGGAACCGACAAAGAAAUGGGCUUAUUUGGAAUUGUUUAAUAGGCCAAUGUUUAAAGAAAUACAACAAAAACAAAGCAUUAGAAAAACUACGAAAACACCACGAAACACUGGCAUAUCAAAAUUAGUGUACCUGUACACAACACCAUUACCUGAUGAAACAAUUUCAACUACAGUGCCGACAACAGCAACAACGCCAACAACAACAACACCGACAAUACCAACGACGACUCCAGACAUGGCUUACUUAGAGAUAUUUGCUCCUAAGGCAUACAGGGAAAUUAUGGCAAAGUGGAGAACAACAGAAACACCAACACCAACCACUCCCACCACCACCACCACAACCACAACUACAACAACAACACCUAAGCCAACAACAACUACAACCACUACUACAACUACUACUACGACACAAAGACCGUCAACUACGACUACAGAAAUGACAACAACAGAAGAUCCAACAACAAUAGAAUAUACCUCAACAAAAAUGCAAUCGACACCUUUCAAAGAAGGUUUUACCACAAUCCUAGAUCGAUCUACAAGAGGACGGACUGAUAUAACAGCAAGAACCAGAUCUUUAAAGAAACGAUUACAGCAGACAUUAGAUUCUAUGUACUCUACAUCCACUCCCAGACAAGAGCCGACUAAAUCCACUCCAUACAGAACAACAGGAAAACAGACCUCUCUGACAACACCUAAAGCGAAAGAAAGCUUUACUAGGACAACAAAAAGAAAUGCAGUUAAAUCUUCAACAAAGUCUCCAACCACUAUGGAAAAAAUGGUAUACAGUGAAAUAAAAUCUCUGCUUGAGGAAUUCAGUAACUUGGCUCAGAGAUAUGAAACAACAAUGAAAAACAUGGGUAGUGGAAGACCAAAUACAACGCCUGUCAAAGAAACAUUUCAAGAUAUUACUUAUUCCACACCUCCAAUGUCCUCUAUCAAGACAUCAGAAAGAAUUUACACUACUUCCCAAACAACAGAACAAGAAUUUGACAAACAGCCUGCUAAAGUGGCAGCAAGGAAAGCGAUAACAAAAGUUCUAUCUGAUAAUAAAACAACACUGAAGACAUCUAUAACAAAGAAGCCAUCUACAGCAACACAAUCGUCCACAAUAUCUACAAACCCUUUGAUAGAAAGUGAAACAAUAACUACGACAGGUGAACCAACUACAACUACUUUCGUCUCAGAUACCUCAGAGCUUACAACAACACCUCCAACGACGACAUUACCGACAACAACCGAACCUAUCACUUCUACUACUUUGCGGACAACAACUACUUUACCUACAACUACUUUACCAACAACCACGACUACACUACCUACUACAACUACGACACUACCUACUACAACUACGACAUUACCUACUACAACUACAACAACACCUACAACUACUACUACAACACCAACAACAACUACUACAACACCUACAACUACUACUACAAUACCUACAACGACUACGACACUCGCUACAACAACAACUCCUAGUCGUGCAUACUUGGAACUAUUCUUUCCAGAGAUUUACAAGAAAAUGUUCCCUGAUCCGACCACAACAACACCAGAACCAACAACUACAACAACAAUGCCCACAACAACAACGACAACAACAAAAGCUCCUACCACCACUAGGACAACCAUCACGACCACACGGCCCACCACUACAACAACACAAACUACAACUACAACUACCGAACCAACAACUACCACAACAACUCCAACAACAACUACCACCCCUACAACCACAACUACAACACUACCGACAACGACAACCCAGUCAUUAGCGGCUAUGGAACUAUUUAAUAGAGCAGCGUUUAGAAGAAUAAUGUUGCGAAGAAGAUCUACCACAACUACAACAACAACAACAACAACUACUACAACCACGCCCAAACCCACGACAGCACCAACUCCCAGAAUACCAAGAAGAAACACAAUUCGAACAUCCUCAGCCUUAAACAGUGAUACGCUUCGGAUUAUUAACCAGGUCGAUCCCAGCGCACGAAUAGGACCAUCUAAUAUCCAAUACUUAGUUGGAUUACAAAGACCAAUCUACAAUGUGCCAAAGCCUAAUUACAAUGUACAACCAAUGCUGAAAAAUAAUGAUUUACCGAAAAAUGAUAUAAAAAUCACUACUCCUGCCUCUAGAGCUAUGGGAGCAAAUGUACAAGACAAUAAACACAGCGGAAGUAGUUCUAUGACGUCUGUCUCCUCAAAAAUGCCACAGACAGAAUCUUUCGUAAAACCAUCUGAAAUAACAAUCAAAUCAACUAAAACACCUAAAGCAACGAUAAAAACAACACCUGGGUCUGAAUCCGAAGCAGAACGACUUUUACGACUUAGACAGGAAUUUGCACGUGGAGACAUUGACGCAAAAACAUUCCUCGAUAUGAUUUUAUAUAAUCGCCCUAUGACUGAGAGACCAACAUUGGAAACUACACAAACACCAGAGGUCAAGAUGACAGUGGCUUUCAAAACUCCAGCAGAAAAUGAGUGGUUAACUUCAAAUACGAUAAAUGAUUUGACUAUAGGGUCGAAUUCCGCACCUACAACUAAAAAUCAACCAUUAAUACUGGAGUCAAGGAAUACACCAUCUUCUUCCGACUUGUCAAGUACCAAAAUCACGACUUUACGUCAGGAAACAACCAAAAACACGGAAGCACCGAUACUUUCGAACACAAUUUCGAUGAAUACAUUACAAGUCGGACAAUCUUUACAGCAGGGGUCGGAUCCAUCAGUUGAUUCUAUCAAUGAACCUACAACCAAUAUUUUCUUAAAACCAAGUGAAAAUACUGGAACUCAGCUAGGUUCUCCGACACCAGAAAAUGAUAUGGCUCAACCUAUGUUUGGAAACUCCGAAAAUACACAAGCUACUCGAACAAAUAGAAUAACUAUAGUACCCUCUAUGGAAGAAAUGUCGCAGCCAACAGAUAGAAUGCCAAGUAUCAUGUCAGGAAUACAAAUAGAUCCAACAACAAGAAUUACAAGAAAAGCUUUAAAUCUUUUAAGUUCCAGAGGGGCUUCCCUUGAUGCCCUGCAGUAUCAUGAAAGGCAAGCAAGUCAAUCCGGUGUACCUUCUGGUUUAGGGCAGCCAGCCGACAGAGGUUUACAUGAGCAAGAGAUAACAGGAAUACCAGUAAAUCACCAAGGUGUGUAUAAUGGAUUAAGUUUUGGAGGACUUAGUGCCCAGAUGGCCCCAGUGUUUGCAAACUCUAUGGGAGAUAAUAUGCAGACAAUGAGUCCUAAUCGUUUCGAAAAUUUUGACUGGAUAAAUGGUAAAUUUGUUAGAAAACAACACGCCGUACCUAUCACCACAACUACGGAAAGCUGGAGAGGAAGAACAAAGGUACAAAAUAGCCUGUCACAAAUGGGCGGUGUAAUGGUAGAUCCAAAAAACCUAGAAAAUUUCAAUUCUGAACAAUAUGGCUUGAGGGCACAUGAAAGUUUCGAACAGAAGUUUGGUUUAAGUAACUCAGUUGGAAAACCGUCAAUAGAUUUCACAGGUGGUAGUUCGAGUCUCGGUAACCUUGGCAAUGUAGUAGCAACGGGUUCCAUAUCGUCAUUUGAAAACAGAAGAAUAGCUGCUUCGCGUCGUCAAAGGUUGGGAAAUGGACAAAUCAUAUGGGAUGCACAGGCAAGACAAGGGGCGAAUCAGCUAUCAAGUGGAAAUCGAUUUAACCCUGGUCAGUUAUCCAAUGGUGGCUUCUUUAACAACAGAGCGUCUCCUCAGAGACAGGUGGACCGGGUUGUGAACCAGGUACCAAGAAACCAAGCUUCCACUGACAACUUACAAAUGAACUGGUAUGAGUUUGGUUCGGAUGGACAGAGGGUGCCUUCUAAUCAACUGUCAAAUAGCAUUAGUCAAGUCCAGCCACAAACAAGAGAGUCCAUACAAAGCCCAAGUCAGGCAACACGUACAGGGUCCUUAGGUAGCUUAUCAAACCCCAUGGAAUCCGGUGUACUUGUAUCUGCAAGUGGAUUAAAUAUGGACGCAAAAGUUGCUAAAGAGUUCAAUAAUAAUCACAAAACAGACAAGAGUGUCAUAACUAGAUCCCUAGGAGCUCAUUUUGCAAUUUCUCCUGAAAAUCAAGGACCUAGUGACAUUUUAAUGCCGUCUGCGCAAAUGCUUUCAGCAGAUAAAAUAUCAGGUGGAAACUAUCAAACAUUCAAUCAAGAUCAAGUCCGGCGUCCAAGGCAACAAAAUAAUCCGCCUCCCCCACAAGGCGUUAUAGUUUCUGGAGGUUUAAGGAAUGACUUUGGUCGAUUAGACAGUUCUAUAAAUCGCAUGCCUAACAACCCACGACCACCACCUCCGCCUACUCAAACCCCGCGUGAUUCCUUCAAUUUCGGCGGCUCGUUAUCUAACGUUCCUAACUCACCAUCACAGGUUCGACCCAGGCCUUCAGUGCAGGGCGUUCCUAUACCUGUGCCUAUUAGAAGACCAGUACCUCAACCUUCAACAAGUGUAUGUAGGGAGGGAGAGGUAUUACAAUGUGAAGGAAGAGGAUUCCACAGGAAUUACCCCAGGAUACGGGAGGAGUGUGCUAGGAAGUGUACAACGGGACACUGUCCAGUGAAGCGAUGUUAUUGUGAGUGUAGAAACACACAGACUGGCUCAAGGAGGCCUCUCCGGACUUCUAAUUUAUUCAAUAAUAGGUUCCAGAGCACCAAUGUGUGAGCAGAAAACCUGCUAAAAACGCGAAAAUAAUUAUCAAUUGGUGUGGAAUUAUAAUGUUUCCCCCUUGUAAACAUUCAAUGCAUUUGUAUGCACCAAAAAUGGGAAAGCUUUUUGGUUAACUUAUGAUGAAAUGUGUGUAUUUUUUCAUAUGGUGCAUAAAAUUCUUUUUUUAUUACGAAUGAAUGAAUUUAUCAACUAACAAUUCAUAAAACUUGAUAAGUUUCUGUGCGAAACAAUAACAGGGGGUAUAUAGUGAAGCAUUUAAUUGUUCAUUCAUGAUGAUUCUUCCUGAUAUCCAAUAGGAGAGGGCUACCUUAGCAAUUAAUUUUCUCAUGCGCAGCAUUAUGAAAUGUAAAUUAAGUGUAUUUCUGGAUUAUCAGCAAGGUGUAAAAGAUGUGCUUGAUAAAAAGAUUAAUUAAAAUGUCUCAUUAAUUUAAAUUCAUUAUCAAGUCCAUCACUUUUUCAAAAUGAAUUUUAUUUUUUAGAUCCAAGCUUUACAGAUCUAUUUCUCUCUAGUCGGUUAAAAAAAUGCACUUAAAUACUAGCAUAUGAAAUUUUAAUUUAUUUAGUUAAAAAAGGUUUGAGAGAUAAUGAAUUUAUUUUAACAAAUGCUAGUUAAGAUUUGAAAAUUAUUUUAAAUAAAUGAGUUUUUACCUCAGCAGACAAAUGUACAAAGUUAUGUAUGCACUUUGUCUGAAUCGUGAUAUUGUUGUCAGAUUGUUGAAGAAUAAACACAGAAACUAUGAUUAAGUAGAAUAUCCUCUUAUAAAGUGGGCCAUGUACACCUGUACAAUCAGAGUACAGUGAUGGCGAAUAGGUUCUGAAAAUCAGAUGCAGCUCUUUAGCAACACAGGAUAAAAUAUUCUGACAUUGAAAGACAAAUUCAAUGAAUAAAAGUGGUCAGAUGUUUGUUACAAUUUAUAUAUGAUACUCUCUGGUGAUUAACCAACCUGUUAUUUCGUUAAUUUUAAGUUCAGGUGAGAAGGGGCGGAAAUUAUUCCGACGUCUCUUUGUACAUGUAUUGUGAUUCUGUUUUGAUUAAUAAAUCUAUGUAAAUAUAA